CUCCUGUUCACUUUGACUUCUCCACCCCUCUCUUCCUUUCCUUAAAGGUUCUGGUUAAAACAGACUUCUCAUGCCCCUACUGCUCUCAGAAGUGAAUGGGUUAAGUUUAGCUCAGCCUCCCUUUUCCUACUUCAGUUCUUCCUGUGGCUGCUUCCCACUAACAAAAAGGAAGCAAUUCUAUCGGUUACUACUUAGUGCUAAGCACAUCCAGUGGGUAAAGUUCCCUAAAAUUCUCUGCGAAGAAAUUGGGACUUUUCACUAAAUCAGAAAUUUUACUUUUUCCCCUCCUGGGAGCUAAAGAUAUUGUUAAGAAGAAUUAACAUUUUGCUUCUCCAGUUGAACAUUUGUAGCGAUAAGUCAUGCAAAUAGAGCUCUCCACCUGCUUCUUUCUGUGCCUUUUGCGAUUCUGCUUUAGUGCCACCAGAAGAUAUUACCUGGGUGCAGUGGAACUGCCAUGGGACUAUAUGCAAAGUGAUCUCGGUGAACUGCAUGUGGACACAAGAUUUCCUCCUAGAGUGCCAAGAUCUUUUCCAUUCAACACCUCAGUCAAGUACAAAAAGACUGUGUUUGUAGAAUUCACGGAUCACCUUUUCAACAUCGCUAAGCCAAAGCCACCCUGGAUGGGUCUGCUGGGUCCUACCAUUCAGGCUGAGGUUUAUGACACAGUGGUCAUUACACUUAAGAACAUGGCUUCUCAUCCUGUGAGUCUUCAUGCUGUUGGUGUAUCCUACUGGAAAGCUUCUGAAGGAGCUGAAUAUGAUGAUCAGACCACUCAAAGGGAGAAAGAAGAUGAUAAAGUCUUUCCUGGUGGGAGCCAUACAUAUGUCUGGCAUGUCCUGAAAGAGAAUGGUCCAAUGGCUUCUGACCCACUGUGCCUUACCUACUCAUAUCUUUCUCAUGUGGACCUGGUGAAAGACUUGAAUUCAGGCCUCAUUGGAGCUCUGUUAGUAUGUAGAGAAGGGAGUCUGGCCAAGGAAAGGACACAGACCUUGCACAAAUUUGUACUGCUUUUUGCUGUAUUUGAUGAAGGGAAAAGUUGGCACACAGAAACAAAGAACUCCUUGAUACAGGAUAGGGAUGCUGCAGCUGCUCGAGCCUGGCCUAAAAUGCACACAGUCAAUGGUUAUGUAAACAGGUCUCUUCCAGGUCUGAUUGGAUGCCACAGGAAAUCAGUGUAUUGGCAUGUGAUUGGAAUGGGCACCACUCCUGAAGUACACUCAAUAUUUCUUGAAGGUCACACAUUUCUUGUGAGGAACCAUCGCCAGGCCUCCUUGGAAAUCUCACCAAUAACUUUCCUUACUGCUCAAACAGUCUUGAUGGACCUUGGGCAGUUUCUACUAUUUUGUCAUAUCUCUUCCCACCAACAUGAUGGCAUGGAAGCUUAUGUCAAAGUAGACAGCUGCCCAGAGGAACCCCAACUACGAAGGAAAAAUAAUGAAGAAGAGGAAGACUAUGAUAAUGAUUUUGCUGAUUCUGAAAUGGACGUGGUCACAUUUGAUGAUGACAACUCUCCUUCCUUUAUCCAAAUUCGUUCAGUUGCCAAGAAGCAUCCUAAAACUUGGGUACAUUACAUUGCUGCUGAAGAGGAGGACUGGGACUAUGCUCCCUCAGUCCUUACCCCCAAUGACAGAAGUUAUAAAAGUCAAUAUUUGAACAAUGGCCCUCAGCGGAUUGGUAAGAAGUACAAAAAAGUUCGAUUUAUGGCAUACACAGAUGAAACCUUUAAGACUCGUGAACCUAUUCAGUAUGAAUCAGGAAUCUUGGGACCUUUACUUUAUGGGGAAGUUGGAGACACACUGUUGAUUAUAUUUAAGAAUCAAGCAAGCCGACCAUAUAACAUCUACCCUCACGGAAUCACUGAUGUCCGUCCUUUGUACUCAAGGAGAUUAUCGAAAGGUAAGUAUUCCCUCGAUUUAUAG